UUUCUUGAACAGUGUCUAAAAUAUCCUUGUUUGUAAAACAACGAUAAAAUAAAAAAAGAUAAAUUUUGACAUUCAGUCCCUUGUCGAGGAAUCGAACCAGAAAAUUGAUUUCUCAACACAAAUUGAAAGGAAGAAGAAGAAGGAACCUCUACAGGUCAAUCAAAUUCUUGAUUAUUAUUAGCGUGGGGAGAAGAAUGGCAGGAGAAGCAGCAGCGAAUUGUUUGUUCUGUCAAAUUGCACGUUCAUUGACUUCUAACACUCUCCUACACACUGAUGAUAAGGUCGUUGCAUUUGAAGACAUCAAUCCAUCUGCCUUUAGGCAUUAUUUGGUGAUCCCAGUGAAACACAUUGCAACUGUAAAAGACCUUCAAAGGAGUACAGAAGAUUUUAAUUUGGUGAGUCAUAUGCUGAAUGUGGGGCAGGAUCUAGUACAUAGGGAUGCCCCGGAGUCCAAGGAAUACAAAUUCGGAUUUCAUCGACCUCCAUUUAAUAGUGUUGACCACCUCCAUCUCCAUUGUUUUGCACUUCCUUUUAUACCUAGGUGGAAACAUGUAAAAUAUGUGUCGUUGGGACCCCUUGGGGGAUUCAUAGAGGCAGAGAAAUUAUUGCAGAAGAUAAAGCCGUAAAUGCAGAUACACAGCUAGUAUAUUAUAAGAGAACUGUUUAUAUUAUUUGAUGUCCCAUUAAUCUUUUAUACUGAAGACGGAUCCGGAGGAAGAAGAAGAAGACCCAGCUGUUCAACCGCCAUUUUCACCUUGUCAAGUAGGCAUUCUUCAUCCAUCGCUAUUAGUGAUCCUUUUGUUUUCUUAACCUGCAAAAUUGAAAUUGAUGAUGUCAACUAUGAGUUGAGACCUGAUUUCUUGGUGAAAGUAUUUUGCAUAUUACAAUAUCUUGCUAUGAAAAUGGAUAUCCUCUGUCAGUGCAUCUUACGCGUAGAAAGUUGGAAGAUUGCCUGUGAUGUUGAUCGUACUCAGAAACAGAAACAUUUAUGCAGUGAAAUCCAUUUAGCAUUUCUACA